AUGAUAAGGCAUAGUUUUACCAGAAUAAGAAAUAUUCAUAUUAUACCACCAAUCCUGGUUAUCACAAGAAAUAUCUUUUUAGAAUCCAAUAGAAGUAAUAUUAGAUUUAUAAAGACAUUAUCAACCAGCACCCUACGAUUUCAAAGUAUACUACCGGGGAAUAAGAAAGAUGACAGUUUAACCAAGAAUUCUCAGCCACAAUCAACUAAUGGCAAUCAAGAUACGAAACUGAGUGAUGAUAAUAGCAACAAUAUCAACAACAGCAGCAGUAGUAGCAGUAGUAGCAAUGACAAUACGAUUAAAUUAGAUUCGCCAUUUAUUAUUUCAGAACAAUCAGAAAGAGUAUUACCUGAAGGAGCUAAUAAAGAAGAAUUUUUAACAGAAGUAUUUGGAGGAUUAGAUCCAUAUAUUGAUACAUAUUCAAUUUAUAAAGAACUUCGAAAUGUUGGAUUUACAUCAAAUCAAAGUGAUCAAAUUAUAUCAUUAUUAAUUUAUCAACUUAAUUCCAAAUUAACUAAAUUAUCAACUAUAUAUGCACAAAAUUUUGAAUUAGAGAAUGAACAAUAUUUAUUUGAAAGUGCCCAACAAGAAAUACGAGUUGAUAUAACUAGAUCAAGAGAUCGACAUAUUGAUGAAUUAAUAGCUUUAAUUAAUAUUUUAGAACGUGAUUUUAAUGCAAUUACAGAUGAAUUAAAUAAUGAUUUUUUAAAAUUAAGAAAUGAUUCAGCAGUUAUGAUAAAUGAAGCAAAAUCUGAAAAUACUUUACAAUCUAAAAAAAUGUUUUUAAAAAUUCAAGAAACUAAUCAUAAAAUAACAACUGAUUUAAGUUCAAAUAUAAAAUCUGAAAUUGAAAGUUUAAGAUGGUAUUUAUCAAGAUGGGGUUUAAUUACUUUAUUAACUUCAUUAUUUAUGGCAUUAAUUAUUUUUUAUAGUUCAAAGAGGAAAAAUGUAACUGAAGAAACAAGAAAAGAAUUUGCUCCUUUGAUAAUUAGAGAACCAAGUGAGUAUGAUGAUGAAGAUGAAGAUGAUUAUCAUACUGAAUUAGAUAGAUCUUCUGUAUAA